AUGUUUAAUACCUCUGGGAGCUCGAGCGAACGCACAGAGUUGAGAAGACCCUUUCACUCAGAGUCCUUCCCCAUCCGUGUCAGUGUCUCACGGCAUAGCAAUUGGUUCAGAUGGAUCCCGAGCGGCCGGAACAUUGAAGACGCCAAGUCGGCGCCCAAUGGAUACUCAACGGCCCGUCUGAUGGAGACCAGCAAGACAACACUUUCGGUGCCCGGCACGAUGGGAUGUCAAAGUCGCCAACCAGCCAGACUGUCAGACACGGUCUAUUCGGAGGCCGAAGUGAACGCCGGAACGGUCACCCGCGGAGAUGAAGAUGGAGAUGGAAACACCAGGGAUCGUGGCAAGACGGGCGACAACGAAAGAGACUUUGUGUUUGAGCUGCACCAGGUACGGGUCCCUGCAGGGGAAAGGACGGCCUGGCCUGCCACGCCUGGCUCAACUGAGCACAAGUCUCCAGCCUCCCAAGAGGCUAUCGUAGCCGAUCCAAAGUACGAGCAGGCCCCAGCGCGUGCCGCCGUCGCCGCCGCGCCGCGUAGCGUGGCGCCAAUCGCAUCCAGAAGAAUUCUCGCUGAUAUUCUGGUGCCUCCGUCCUUUGCACCUACAUACCGGAGCUUCACGUUUGCAUCACUUUCAUUUUGA